AUGGUGGUUGUCGACAAACUCUUUCAUCACAAACUCUACAAUGGUUACAUCAAGCGCACCUCCAAAUUCAUGGCUUACGACGAUCAGAAUCAGUGUAAACUCUUUUCUUUUAAGAACUAUAGUUCUUCAGUCAAUUUAUGCAAUAACUCUUUGUGGGGAAGAGUUUCAGAAGAGAUUGGGAAACUUAAAGAAUUGGAAGUGUUGGAUCUAGGCUACAAUAAUUUUAGUGGAUCUUUGCCAAUAAAUCUUGGCAACAAUUUCCCAUCAUCAUCACCAUUAUCAUCUUCUCCAUCUAAAUCAUUUGUUCCAUCACCUUCUCCUGUAUUGACACCAAUUUCACGACCAGAAACUCUUUUACCUCCACUAAGCCAUCCUUCUUUGCCACCUUCCCCAAAUAUGAUUCCCCACAAUCACUCCAAACACAUGUACCGUGCGAUGAUCUGGUCUGGAGUAGGAGGGUCUUUUUUCUUUGUGCCUUCCGCUCUUGGCAUUUUCUUUUGUCGACGAAAUAAGGUGGUAAUGGUGGGACCUUGGGCUACUGGGUUGAGUGGUCAGCUAAGAAAAGCAUUUGUCAUCGGUGUUCCAAAGCUGCAGAGAUCGGAACUGGUAACUUCUUGCGAAGAUUUCAGUAAUAUAAUCGGUUCAUUAUCAGACGGAACAGUUUAUAAAAGGACUUUUUCUAGUGGAGUAGAGAUAGCAGUUAUUUCUACAGCAAUGAAGUUUGCUGAAGAUUGGUCUAAAUCAUUAGAGGGUCAAUUCAGAAAGAAGAUUGCCACACUUUCACGGGUAAACCAUAAGAACUUUGUGAAUUUGAUCGGUUUUUGUGAAGAAGAGCAGCCUUUCACAAGAAUGAUGGUCUUCGAAUAUGCUCUAAACGGAACACUUUUUGAGCACCUGCAUAGUAAGUUUCAUCCGUUACUGAUGGUUUCAUCAGUUACUGAUCAUGUUAGGAUGCAAGACUCAGGUGCCAAAGCAGCUGAUUUUGAUGAUGACGAUGGUGGUGGUCUGGUUGUUACCUUACCCUUACCCAUGAAUGGACAAGCUGCCAUUCCUACUGCACUUCUUCCAACAAUUGUGGUGUCGGAGCCUAUUGGAUUCCCAAUGGACCCAGAGUAUGAUUUGGAAAUCAAAGGUGAUGUUGAGUCAGAAUGUUCCAAAUAUGGUCCAAUUCUGCAUAUCCAUUUCAGGGCUGCUACUUCCCAAAGGCCUGUGCCCUAA